AUGGGUGCACAUGCGACGCCGAUGGGCCCUAAUCACCCUUUCGUUGUGUGGGGAUCGUGUUUCCUUUGGCUGGCAUCCAUGUUUGCAAUAAUAUGGUCGCUGCUUUUAUUCUUCUGUGUCGGUGAUAUUUUGAUGUUGACGGGGACGGAUAUAAUAAACGCCAUAGUUUUGCUUUCUGGUAUUAUAAUGCUGCCAACAAACGUGCACAUAUUAUGUUCAAUAGCUAAUGGCAAGAGAAUUGAUCACAAAUCUAAAGUAGUUUGCUGUCCAUUAUGGCUAUGCAUCCUGUGGAUUAUUCUAAUAAAUGCUUUAGGGGCAGCAUGCUGUGUCCAAAAGAUUUGUAGUGGCAAACGUGCAUGCGAUGAAAAAAUGAACAAGACUAUUAAGUAUUAUCGGAAUGUACCAAAAUACAAACAUUUUGUAGACAAUCUGCAGUGGUCACUAAAGUGUUGCGGGCUUAAUUCGUAUAAAGACUGGUUUGAUCAAGACUGGUAUGAUAAAAUACGUGAUUACGAGUGGGACCCUACGAUUAACAGACGGAGUGGGUACAGGAGAAGGGACCUGGAUUCGGUUACAGAUAGCGUCCCGUUAAGUUGCUGUAAAAGUGGUUCAUGCAUAUCUAAUUACCUAUUGGAGUUGGGAACUCACUCCAUUUAUACAACAGGCUGUGGGAAUUUGAUGUAUCGCAUCAUAUUAGCAUCUAUGAUAGCGCACUGCAUAAUGUUCGUAUCUGUUAUUCUAGUUGAGAUUUUGAUUCUUAAGUUCAUCCUAAAGGCGGCUCCAAAGAGCAAGGAUAAAAAAGGUAUGAAUAUGAAUGUGAGACAUAUCAUGUCCGUGAACGACAAUUUUGCGUCCAGCAAUUCCCUACAGAUAAACCCCGAUGAUACUGACUAUGAAAAUGAAGUGCAUCUUGGGGAUGUGCGAAUGGACACUUCGAGAAUGACAGUAGCCAAUAGAGUGAUUGUUGACGACGAAGAUUCUGAAAGUCCAAAGGAAACGAAAAAGUGGGAGGAAUAUGAUGAUUAGGUUCCACUGUGUAUUACUAUUAAGUAGUAGUAUUAAAAUAAAACUAAUAUAUUUGCUAAAAUAAAAGGUAAUAAAAACA